CUCCACUCUUUUCCGUUCUGUACGCCCAUUUUCUAAACACACGAGGAUCAACCCUCCCCCACGAUCGACCGUGAGACCGUAAUUGUAUAAUAAAGAAAAAAAGAAGGAGGAGACAAUACAAGAUGGCAUCACCUAUAGCUUCUGCGGCCUUGAAGGCACGCGUCCGCAGGCCGUCGAUGCUCAACAAGCUGUGCCACCCCCAGGACCUGCUUAAACACUUUCCCAAUGGCUCGUACAUCGGCUGGAGUGGAUUCACGGGUGUCGGAUACCCCAAGAAGAUGCCUACAUUUCUGGCCGAUCACGUCGAGAAGAACGGCCUCCAGGGCCAGCUGAAGUACACACUCUUUGUUGGCGCGUCGUCUGGCGCCGAGACGGAGAACAGAUGGGCUGGGCUGGAUAUGAUUGAGAGAAGAAGUCCACAUCAGGUCGGCAAGGCUAUUGCCAAGGGUAUCAAUGAAGGGCGGAUCAACUUUUUCGACAAGCAUCUGUCUAUGUUUCCCGUGGAUCUUGUAUACGGCUUCUACACGAAAGAUCGACCAAACAACAAGCUCGACGUGGUAGUCGUCGAGGCAACGGCCAUCAAGGAGGACGGCAGCAUCGUGCCCGGCGCAUCAGUCGGCGCGACGCCAGAGCUGGUGCAGCUGGCUGACAAGAUCAUCAUCGAGGUGAACACGUCCAUCCCCAGCUUCGAGGGCCUGCACGACAUCACAAUGACCGACCUGCCCCCAAGGCGGAAGCCCUACCUGAUUAUGGGUGUCGAGGACCGCAUUGGCACGACCUCAAUCCCGAUCGACCCAGAGAAGGUGGUAGGCGUCCUGCAUUCCGACUACCCGGAUCAGACCGCGCCCAACACGGAAGCCGACGCCAGCUCGCAGGCCAUCGCCGACCACAUCAUCGAGUUCUGGGACCACGAGGUCAAGCACGGCCGCCUGCCACAGAACUUGCUGCCCAUCCAAUCCGGCAUCGGAAACAUUGCCAAUGCCGUCAUCGGCGGGUUGGCGGACUCCAAGUUCGAGAACCUCAACGUCUGGACCGAGGUCAUCCAGGACACGUUCCUGGACCUCUUUGACUCAGGUAAGCUGGACUUUGCCACGGCCACGUCGGUGCGCUUCUCGCCCGACGGCUUCAAGCGUUUUUACGACAACUGGGAGUCUUACCACAACAAGCUUCUCCUGCGCUCCCAGCAGGUGUCCAACUCGCCCGAGAUUAUCCGCCGCCUCGGCGUCAUCGGCAUGAAUACUCCCGUUGAGGUGGACAUCUACGCGCACGCCAACAGCACCUGCGUCAUGGGCAGCCGCAUGCUCAAUGGCCUGGGCGGAUCUGCCGAUUUCUUGCGGUCCUCCAAAUACAGCAUCAUGCACACCCCUUCCACCCGGCCCAGCAAGACGGACCCCCAUGGCGUCUCAUGCAUCGUACCCAUGUGCACGCACGUCGACCAGACGGAGCACGACCUGGACGUCAUCGUCACCGAAUGCGGCCUGGCUGACGUGCGAGGCCUAAGCCCCAGAGAGAGGGCCAGGGUCAUCAUUGAAAAGUGCGCGCACGACGUUUACAAGCCCAUCCUGAGGGAAUACUUCGACAAGGCCGAGUUUGAGUGCCUGCGCAAGGGUAUGGGCCACGAGCCCCACCUCCUGUGGAAUAGCUUUGACAUGCACAAGGCCCUGGCUGAGCAAGGUAGCAUGCAAAAGGUGCAGUGGAAGUAAAAAAAAAGAACAAGAGGGGAAGCUGGAAAAAGGAGCAAGUCGCGACCGGAUCUAGGAUGGUCUGAACGACGAUGCAUGUGGAUCUAAUGUAGAUCUCUACCUCGAAACACUUUCGAUUGGAGCUGGCUGUCAAGGACGAUAUAGUGCCGGAAGGCUGAACUCAAUGUAAGACUGGACAGCGGGACGAUUCUCGCCGCUCGUACGACCAAUACGUCAAGUCCAAUCCAAGCUGCCUAAC